AUGAAGUCAACAGCAUCCCUCGCCAUCAUCGGCGCUCUUGCGCCCUAUGCCUCUGCAUUUCCUGCUGCCAUGAUGGAGGCUGCCGCUCGGGAUUCCAAAAUUAUGGCCCGGACUGAGGAGCUUACUCGGAUGAUCGAAGCACGACAGGCCGGUGCCGGCGCUGCCACUGCUGUCUUUGAGCCCGUAAACACCUUCAACGAGAAGGCCCAACUUGUCGACGUAUCCCAGGGUAGCGGCCACGAGUGGGUUGCGCCAUCUGGAAACGACCUUCGAGGACCUUGCCCCGGUCUGAAUGCUAUGGCCAACCACAAUCUCCUGCCACAUGACGGGUAUGCAACCAUCGCGCAAUUUGUCGAUGCUACUGAGUCAGUGGUCGGCAUGGGCUCGGGGUUGGCCAUCUUCCUGGCCGCCUUCGGUGCCACUGUUGACGGAUCUGGGCUUGCCUGGUCCAUCGGCGGCACACCUACUGCAGCUCAAGCCGGUCUCUUGCCUGGAGGCAACGGCAUUAGUGGCUCUCAUAACAAGUAUGAAUCCGAUGCAUCACCGACACGUCCAGAUCUUUACCAGGCCGGUAACGACUACCAGACUGUCGCCAGCCAGUUUCAGCAGCUCAUCGACGCCUCGCCAGGCUCCGUCACAAUGGAGUCCCUGACCUCCUUCCGCUCUCAGCGUUUCGACACCCAGAUUGCCAACAACCCAUACUUUUUCAACGGUCCCUUCACCGGUGUCGCUGUCCAGCCCGCCGCCUACACAUUCAUCUACCGGUUCAUGGCCAAUCACUCUGCUGAAUACCCGGCAGGCUAUUUGUCCUACGACGUCAUCAAGGACUGGUUUGGCAUCACUGGCAAUAGCGGCAGCUACGUUGCCAACCAGGGCAUGGAGCGCAUUCCAGACAACUGGUACAAGCGUGCAAUUGAGUAUCCCUACGACAACGGUUACUUUGCUGCUGAUCUGGCUGCCGCUGCGUUGUUGCACCCCAAGUUCCUCAGCGUUGGUGGCAACACCGGCAAGGUCAACACUUUCACACCUGUUGAUGUCGCCAACCUCACUGGCGGCCUCUACAACUCUCAGACCUUCCUCCAGGGCAACAACGCUGCGUGCUUCGCCUAUCAGUUCUCCGCGCAAGUCAAGCCAGAUGUCCUUCUUGGAUCUAUCACCACCCUCACCAACGCUGUCAACCAGAUCACGGGCGCUCUUACUUGCCCCCAGCUGCAAAGCAUUGAUGAAGCUCAGCUUAAGCAAUUCCCUGGUUAUACAAAGUCUCCCGCGGCCUAA